CUGCGAACUAUGUUGUGAACGCCUGCGAUGGUCCUAUCACUGGCUUCCCUAAUAAUCGACCUAUCUUUUUCUGUAUCUAGGGAGAGUUGCGAGACAUUGAUUUUUUUUGGACUAAAAUAGACCACAGGCCAGAACACGAACAAAUUUAUGACAUUUUUUAACAUGUAGAAAAUAUGGCCCGCUUCCCCCUAUCAGCGCUCAUGCGCAUUUCUCUGAUUACAUCCUCGAAAUUGCAUUGAUAACACAUUUUUUAUAGGGAGUGUUCCAUUGCUUAGAAUAAGAAUCUUUUCAGUGAAAACAAGUAACAUUUGCAUAUUAAGUUGAGGGAAUUUUCGAUAAAAAAGAUCAGCAGAGCUGCGGACGAAAAUAAUAAAAAAAAAAUGGUAACAUACAUGGCCCUCGUCUGUAACUAACUGAAAAAUCUAAAUUUGCUUGGCCGUUAUUAGCCAUGAAGAGGAUGUUCAGCUCUAUGUUAUUGCUACUAGCAAUCAGUAGCUCGACACAAUCACAAAAACUGGAAUAUCCUUCAUUUUUCAACAUCGGUGGUGUCUUGAGCAACAAUGACAGUGAAACUCAUUUCUCAAUGGUGAUUGCGCAUCUCAACUUUGAUCAACAAUAUGUGCCUAGGGGUGUCACAUAUUAUGACAAAACAAUUAGGAUCGAUAAAAACCCAAUAAAAACGGCUUUGGAUGUGUGUAAGCACUUGAUAUCAAGACGAGUUUACUCAGUAGUUGUAUCACAUGAACCAACCGGAGAUUUAUCGCCAGCAGCCGUGAGUUAUACAAACGGAUUUUAUCAGAUUCCAAUCAUUGGCAUCUCCUCUCGUGAUGCAGCAUUUUCCGAUAAAAACAUUCACGUUUCUUUCUUAAGAACUGUGCCACCAUAUUAUCACCAAGCUGAUGUUUGGCUUGAAAUGUUAAGCCAUUUUGGGUACACAAAGGUAAUUAUAAUUCAUAGCUCAGAUACGGACGGGCGAGCAGUUUUGGGAAGAUUUCAGACUACGUCGCAAACAAACUAUGAUGACAUCGAUGUUCGUGCUACGGUAGAGAGUAUAAUAGAGUUCGAGCCAAAGCUUGAAAGUUUUACCGAAAAUCUAAUCGAAAUGAAAACGGCGCAAUCGAGGGUUUACCUGCUCUAUGCAAAUGAGGAAGACUCGUACGUUAUUUUUAGAGAUGCCUCCCAAAACAACAUGACAGAAGCUGGACACAUUUGGAUAGUUACAGAACAGGCACUGAAAGCCAAUAACACUCCAAUUGGCGUAUUGGGCUUAAAGCUUAACUAUGCCAACAGUGAAAAUGAGCAUAUAAGGGAUGCUAUUUAUGUUUUGGCAUCAGCUAUUAAAGAAAUGAUGGCUCAUAACGAAACUAUUACAGAAGCCCCUAAGGACUGUGAUGAUACCGGUGCAAUUUGGGAGUCAGGACGUAAGAUGUUUAACUAUUUGAAAACUCGUAACAUUCGCGGACUGACAGGCCAGGUUGCUUUCGACAGUAAUGGUGAUAGAAUAUAUGCAGAGUACGAUGUCAUUAAUGUGCAACAACCCGCUUCAUCACUGGUAAAAAAGAAUAUUAAGGUUGGAAGUUUCUUCUACGACAGUGAGAAAGGACGAAUGAAACUUAAAAUAAACGACACAUUGCUCAUAUGGCCGGGAAACACAGAGAAGAAACCAGAAGGAAUCAUGAUCCCAACGCAUUUGAAAGUUUUAACGAUUGAGGAAAAACCGUUCGUAUAUGUUCGUCGAUUGCAGGACGAUGAAAUCGACUGCGAAGAUGACGAAAUAGUUUGUCCUCAUUUUAACAGCACUGACGGAAACGAGAACGAUUACUGCUGCAAAGGAUACUGCAUUGAUUUGUUGAAAGCACUAGCUCAAAGGAUUAAUUUCACCUACGAUUUAGCGCUAUCUCCGGAUGGUCAGUUUGGGCAUUACCAAUUGAAAAAUCAUACUACUGGUAUUGGUACUACAGUGAAAAAGGAGUGGAAUGGAUUGAUUGGAGAACUUGUUGCGGAGAGAGCGGAUUUAAUCGUAGCACCAUUAACUAUAAACCCGGAAAGAGCUGAAUUCAUAGAAUUUUCUAAACCAUUCAAGUAUCAAGGGAUUACCAUUUUGGAAAAGAAACCAUCUAGAUCCAGUACACUCGUGUCUUUCUUGCAACCUUUUAGCAAUACCUUAUGGAUCCUUGUUAUGGUUUCUGUACACGUCGUUGCUCUAGUACUUUACCUUCUGGACAGAUUUUCGCCGUUUGGUCGAUUUAAGCUCACAACCAACGAUGGUAAUGAAGAAGAUGCACUCAAUCUCAGCUCUGCCAUUUGGUUUGCUUGGGGAGUACUGCUUAAUUCUGGAAUUGGCGAAGGAACUCCACGUAGCUUUUCAGCACGAGUUUUAGGCAUGGUAUGGGCAGGAUUCGCAAUGAUAAUUGUAGCCUCAUACACUGCAAACUUGGCAGCUUUUCUCGUGUUGGAAAGACCAAAAACAAAACUCUCCGGGAUUAAUGACGCUCGAUUGCGCAACACAAUGGAGAAUUUGACCUGCGCCACAGUUAAAGGUUCUGCUGUGGACAUGUACUUUCGCCGUCAGGUGGAGCUUUCGAACAUGUACAGAACCAUGGAGGCUAACAACUAUGAGACCGCGGAAAAGGCUAUUCAAGAUGUUAAAGAUGGAAAACUAAUGGCAUUUAUUUGGGACUCUUCACGAUUAGAGCAUGAAGCUGCCAAAGACUGUGAACUUGUUACAGCAGGUGAACUUUUUGGCAGGAGCGGAUAUGGAAUAGGACUGCAAAAGGGCUCACCAUGGACAGAUGCAGUUACGUUGGCAAUUCUGGACUUCCACGAAAGUGGUUUCAUGGAGUCAUUGGACAAAGACUGGAUUUUCCAUGGAAACAUUCAACAAUGUGAACAGUUUGAAAAAACUCCAAAUACCUUGGGUUUGAAAAAUAUGGCAGGCGUGUUCAUUUUGGUUGGAGCUGGAAUAGUUGGAGGAAUAGGAUUGAUCAUAAUUGAAGUUAUUUACAAGAAACACCAAAUAAAAAAGCAAAAAAAGAUGGAUAUUGCUCGCAAUGCCGCUGACAAGUGGAGAGGAACGAUAGAGAAACGUAAAACAUUGCGCGCAUCCCUCGCCAUGCAAAGGCAAUACAAUGUAGGGCUAAAUUCCGUCUCGAAGUCAAUAAGUCAAGUGGUGGAGAAAACCCGUUAUCCAAAGGUAAAUCAACUGCCACGAGCACCGGAAAGAGCCUGGCCUGGAGAUCAUGAAAUAGCUCGUAAUAGAAGAACUAACGAUCAUUCGUUCAAACCGCCGCCAAGAUAUAUGCCAACGUAUGCAACAGAUGUUUCACAUUUAGUAGUUUAAACCAAUCGUAACAUCCAACAUUCUAUGUGUCAAAAAAAAUAACAAGAGAACUUUGCUAACCCCUAUAAAACCAUAAAACGCACAUAGUUAACCAAUAAAGCGCGUAUUUAACAAAUGUUGUAACCAAAAUGCUACAAAAUAAUAAAAACUAUAAAUUAAGUUUAA